CUCUUGGUAUUUUUCUGUGAACUGAAGCAAACACGCUGUGCUCGGAGCUGCAGAGGGGGCAGCUGCAGAUCGGCAGGCAGACACAAAGACGGGGCCAGAGUGCGGCACACAAGGUUCCCUGGAAAAUAUUUCUAUGAGCUCUUAAAAAGCAACACUCAGAGUUGCCAACCGAACAGCAGAAGUCAUGUAUCAAGUUGUGCCAGGAGGAGCAGGAGGCACAAUUACAGAUGUUAUCCCCAAGCAGAAACACAGCAAGGACACUCGACCCUUAGUCGGAGCCGGGGUAAUCGGCCUGGUGCUGGUAGUUGCUGCAGUGACUGCGUGGUGUUAUUAUAUAGCCUCUAUACGCAAAGCUGAGCUGCUUAAGACUCAGCUCCUGGAUCUGAAUAAAGAUGGCUACAUUAUCCGCAACCAGGGAGGGUCUAUUGUAUUCAGAAUGGAUUUCAGGUCAGGUACACUGGAUUUGGAUUCAUGCUCCAAAGAGGGGGAGAUGCUGAGCUGCGGACAAACCACUGAUAGAAAACUGAACUUCUUCAUCGAGACGGUGCGGCCCAAGGACACGGUACAAUGCUACCGUGUGCGUUGGGAAGAACUGGUUCCUGACAUUCCUGUUGAGCAUGCCAUGACAUACACGUUUGCACACUGGUAUGGUGGUGCUGUGUCAGCAAUACAACACUGGCCUGUUUCCAUUAAAGGCCAACAGGCUCCCAAACCCUUUGUUACAAGUGACAUCUACGCAAACCGCAAUGAAUUUGGAGGAAUUUUAGAGAGUUAUUGGCUUUCAUCCAAUGCUACAGCCAUUAAGAUAAAUAAUUCAGUACCCUUCCACCUGGGCUGGAAUGACACAGAGAAGACCAUGUCCUUCCAGGCACGAUACAAUGACAGUCCCUUCAAGCCAAACCCAGGAGAGGAGCCAUGUGCUGAACUCAGCUACAGAGUGUGCGUGGGCUUGGAUGUGACAUCCAUGCACAAGUACAUGGUCCGCAGAUACUUCAACAAACCAAACAAAGUGCCUGCCAAAGUCAUGUUUCGCCAUCCUAUAUGGUCGACCUGGGCUCUACAUAAGACUGAUAUUGACCAAGAGAAAGUUUUGGAGUAUGCUGCCAACAUACGCAAGUAUAAAUUUAACUGUAGCCAACUGGAAAUAGAUGAUCGCUACACAAGGCGCUACGGAGAGUAUGAGUUUGACCCCACUAAGUUCCCCAAUGCCACCGCCAUGUUCCAGAAGCUGAAAUCAGAUGGAUUUCUGACGUCACUCUGGAUUCACCCUUUUGUUAACUAUGACUCGGAAAACUUUCAUACUUGCGUAGAGAGGGGGCUGUUUGUCCGUGAGCCUACAGGCCGGUUGCCUGCCUUGGUGCGCUGGUGGAAUGGCAUUGGUGGCAUUUUGGACUUCACAAAUCCAGAAGCCCGUGAUUGGUUUUCCUCCAAGCUACGUUCACUGCGUUCCAGGUACGGAGUGUCAUCCUUUAAAUUUGACGCAGGAGAGACUAGCUUCUUACCAUGGAAAUUCAGUACCAGAACUCCCAUUCAGGACCCAAGUUUUUUCACCAGACGUUACACGGAAAUGGCUAUUCCCUACAAUGAUAGAGCUGAGCUGCGCAGUGGCUACCAGUCCCAGAACAUAUCCUGCUUCUUCAGACCAAUUGACAGAGACUCUGUUUGGGGCUACGAGUUAGGUCUCAAAUCUAUUAUUCCCACCGUGCUUACCAUCAGCAUUCUUGGCUAUCAGUUUAUUCUACCAGACAUGAUCGGAGGGAAUGCCUAUUUGAACCGCACAGAGGGAAAUCAUGUCUUACCCGAUCGAGAACUCUAUAUCCGCUGGCUGGAGCUGAUAGCCUUCAUGCCCUCCAUGCAGUUUUCUAUUCCGCCAUGGGAAUACGACAACGAGGUGGUUGAAAUUGCACGAAAAUACACAGCCCUUCAUGAGAGUAUUGUGGCACCCCGGGUCCUGGAGCUGGCUAGUGAGGUGCUGGACACCGGGGACCCAAUCAUACGGCCCCUGUGGUGGAUUGCCACAGGUGAUGAAACGGCCUAUAAAAUCGACUCACAGUUCCUGAUUGGGGAUGACCUCAUGGUAGCCCCGGUUUUAGAGCCGGGAAAGCAAGAGCGUGACAUCUACCUCCCUGCCGGCCGUUGGAAAAGCUACAAGGGGGAGCGAUUUGAUAUCAAGGAGCCCCUCCAUCUCACAGACUAUCCUGUAGACCUGGAUGAAAUUGCUUACUUUGUUUGGGUGUAGCAAGAAGUGAAUGUCAAGCUGAACAUACUUGAUUUAGCCUUCGCUGGAAUUUGCUGGUAAGAAAAGCUUCGCAAAUUCAGCUUUUAUGCUUGUUACGAAUAAACCUUUUCUCAAUAUAUAAAGAAUUUUUAAACAACCACUCAUUACAUCACUAAAGUGAAAUUGUUAGGUUCAAACGUGCUCAGAACCUUAUCUUAAUUUUAAUCUAAUUUUAACAUAUGAAUUUUUAAUUCUUUUUUUUGCAUUUUCUUUGUGGUUUUAUGUGAGAUGGCUAAGCAGUACACUCAACUUUUUUUAACUUUUGUGUAACAAUUGAUAACUGGCAGCCACUUUACGAAACAUUUCUUAAAAAGGGAAUACUCAAAACUGUGAUUAAAGGUGGGGUAGGUAAGUUUGAGAAACCGGCUCUCGA